GAUGAGACGGUUGUGGUAUUUGAGCCGGUUGGGCCAAAUGAGACAGUUGUGUCACUUGAUCUGAUUGGGCAAAAUGAGACAGUUGUGUGAUUUGUGCCGGUUGGGUCAGAUGAGGCGGUUGUGGGAUUUGAGCCGGUUGGGCCAAAUGAGACAGUUGUGUCAUUUGAUCUGAUUGGGCCAAACGAGGCAGUGGUGUGAUUUGAGCCAGUUAGGCCAAAUGACACAGUUGUGUGAUUUAAGUCGGUUGGGCCAAAUGAGACCACUGUGUCAUUUGAUCUGGUUGGCCCAAAUAAGACAAGUUGAACCGGUUGUGCCAAAUGAGACAGUUGUGUCAUUUAAUCUGGUUUGUCCAAAUGAGACAGUUGUGUGA